CAUUCUGGCUAUAAAUCCAUCCUCCAUCCCACGCUUCAUCACACGGUUUCAGGUGCAAACUACUGCUUCUUCAUAAAACCUACUCCAGAACUGAACCCCCCAAGCAUUGAUUCUUCUGUAAAUUCACAAACAAUUGAUUCAAAAUGGAAGAGGCCUUGAGGAGGCUUAAUGGUUCCCACACACAGAUGCAAGAACUCGACCAACUUCAUCCCACCUCCACCGUUCCAAACCGGUGCACCAACGCCACCACCAAUAAGAGGUCGUUGAAAGACGUUUCGACAUCUGGUGGCACGAUGAAGUACCGUGGUGUCCGACGCCGUCCAUGGGGCCGUUACGCAGCGGAAAUAAGGGACCCUCAGUCGAAAGAGAGGCGGUGGCUGGGAACUUUUGACACGGCGGAGGAGGCAGCCUGUGCCUACGACUGUGCUGCCAGAGCCAUGCGUGGUUUGAAAGCAAGAACCAACUUUGUUUACCCUGCAUCUCCGAUACCCGCGGCGGAUAAUCUUCUCCCUCCGUAUAGCUUCACUAAAUCAUCUCAGCCCUCCAUUUGGGACCUGAGUUCUCGCCAAUUUGUUUCAUCUAACCCUAAUCUUGUGGACUUCCAUGAAGCUUCUUCAUCAGCUGUAACACAGAGAAGCAAUUCUCUUAACAUGGUUCUUCUUCGUGAUUUUCUCAACUCUAGUUCAAACAAUUCAUCUUCAUAUUCUUAUGAACAAAUUCCUAUUUUCAGCUCCUCUUUAAACCCUAACAAUGGAUUUGUGGGAUCUUCUUUUGAAAAUCUGCCGUGCAAUACCACUGUCCAAUCCAGUACUGUCAAUGCAACCAUAGUUUCAGAUCAAAACUUUAGGAGUGGUUCAAAUUUGAGUCUACAUGAUCAAUCAACUUGUUUAGGGUUUUCAUCAAGAAAUCCAAUCACCACCGUCGAUCAAGCUGACUGCAUGGAUUUUUUCCUCCCGGAGAAGCCUGAUUCCGGCUUAUUGGACUCUGCCUUACAUGGGUUUUUCCCAAAACCUACGGUGGUGAAGGCUGAGCCACCGCCAUCAUUUGCUUCUCAGGCGAAUGAAUUUACUGCAAAGCAAUCACUGGAUGAUGUGAAAACCUCUUUUGGCAAUGAGCGUUUAGGGUUUGUCUAUGAAGGCCAAAGAAUUCCACAGCAGUUUCAAAACUUCAACAUCACUCCUUUUGGUAUCGAAUCAAUUUCUACGCCGGUAUACACUGAUUUUUCGGCCAACAUUCAAGCCACACCUGCCAGAAUGUUCUCUGAUAUCUUUCAGUAUCCUGAUGCACUCGGACUCUUCUCUGCUAAGGUGCAGAAUUCUUGAAGAAUCUAACGGUUUCUAUUUAUAUAUUUCAAGAAUCUAAAAGAAAUUAUCUUUAUAGUUUAUGCUGUUGUCAAGAAAAUGUUACUUCAAAAAAUGGCUUUAUAUUUAAUAAUUUAGAGUACUAAUGGUGAAAAUGGAUCUUCAAAAAUAUGAUGUACUAGUGAAGGAAGAUGAUGUCCCUUUUGAUUGAUUGUCUUUCUUCUUAAACCUUAUUGUAAUCAUUUCUAGUUUUUUAUUCUAAUGCAGUCACAAAAUUCUACCAUAAUGACUCUUUUGCGUAAUAUUUUGUUACCGAAUUGGAUUAAGUAAUCAAAAUUUAGACAAAAACGAUUAAUUUAGACGAAGACAACUUUAAUUUCGAUAGCUAGAUUGAAAUUUCGUUUAAAGUUUCCUGUAUUUCUUGUUAGGUCCAUGUUGUUCAAGUUC